GGGACGAGUGCCAGAUAUUCAACCCAACCCCUCGGUUGCGAUGCUAAGGCUUAUUGUAGAAGAUAGGAAGUCAAGAAAGGUUGAUCACAAGCUACAAUAGUUAAAAGAGGCUUUGAAGGCUAUGCAAGGGCCGCAAGCCUAUGGUUCCAUUGAUUUGGAUGAUCUUUGCUACUAUCCGGGAAUUCAAACAAAUUUCAAGUUUAAGCAACUAGAUUUUGACAAGUAUGAUGGUUCAGGUUAUCCUUACGCACACCUACAAAUGUGGAGAUCCGAAGCAGCCAAAGUCAUUCCACCUUUUAUCGACAAUGAAAUCUACUCUCUUUUUAUCAAGUCAACUAUCGGGACCUUCCAUGCAUGGCUAGGUCCUUAUGUCGGAUAUACUUUUGCUCAGCUAGUGGUAGCAGGUGAACAGAUUGAGGAAGGACUAAAGGCAAGUAUUAUUAUGAACUUUCAAACUAUCCAAAGGCAGUUAGAGCAAGUUAAGAUGGGAAGCUCAAGAUCUACUUGGAAGAGGUUCUCACCUAAAGGCAAGAAAGAAGAUGAGGAAGCUUUAAAUCACAGUUUCACUAGUCAUGCCAAGCCAAUCUAUAAUAUGGCAAAUGUUCCUUACAAUCGACAACCUCAAUUACAGCACACUUCGAUCUUCAAGUCUACCAUCUACCUUCAAAGGAGGCCAAACUUCAAUGCUCAUGCUCUAGUUAGACAGCAAUUCCCCUCAACAAAUAGGUCGAGACAGUUCACCAAGCCUCCAAUCCCUUAUAGUGAGAAUCCUUUACCUCCACAUGGUGCACCCACCAUGACUAUGAUUGCCCUUGAUGAAGUUGAUAGACCCGUAUUGGAGAAUGACGAUUCAUGGACACCAACCAUCAGUCAAAAUUUCCAACAGCCUUAUGUCUUGAAGACCUCCCUUAGUGAGUCACUCAUGGGAAAGACAUCAUCUGUGGCCAAUAGCCAUUUCCCUUACUCACUUAAGGUUAUGCCUCAACGCCCCGUCAUCUUGAACUCUACAACUAAUGAUGUGUCCAAUAUGACUCGUAGUGGUCAAUGCUAUGUGAAUCCUGAAGUGGAAGAAUUGAGAAAGGCUGCUUUGAAAUCAAAAGAUAUUAGAAUUGAAGAGAUGCUAGAAGAAUCACCCAAGAAGCUAGUGUCAGAAAAUGAAGUUGUAGAAUUUCUGAAUAUUAUGAGGAAGAUGGUUUGUGCUUUUGACGGAACAAAGAGGAAUGUGGUUAGAAAGAUUGAGCUUCCAAUGGAAAUUGGCCCAGUGACUUUUGAUGUGGAUUUCUUUGUUAUGGACAUUUCUCUUGCUUUUAAUAUGCUCCUUGGGAGACCUUGGAUACAUGUCACCGGAGUAGUACCAUCCACCUUGCAUCAGAAAGUUAAAUACAUUGUCAAUGGUGUUCUUGUCACGGUGAAUGGCGAGGAGGAACACAUCAUCCAAAAGGCUACAACCAUUCGUUACUUAGGAAUUGAUCCUGAAACUUAUGAAUCCUCUUAUCACUCAAUAGAGUGUCACUCAAUAGAGUGUGUUGCUGCUUCUUAUAUACAUCCAAAGUUCAAAGGGAAACGGGCCGAAAUGGCUAAACCUGCCAUGGUUGCUACUAAGAUCAUGCUUUCAUAUCUAGAGGGUACUAUUUUCACUAAUAGAUUGCUUGAAAUUGGGGAAUGUUCAAAACAAGCAAAGUUUGAGGAAGUGGUUGUGGAAGAUAUCACUGAUGAAGUUUGUUCUGAUGAUGAGGAAGACAGUUUUGGUUUCAACAACCUCUUUGGGCCAGCCAACAUGACAGAUCCUAAGGAAAGGUGGAGAAGGAUGCUCAUUGAAAGGGCAUUUAUGGAGAAGCACCCCAACUUCCAUCUUGUUCAUCAUGCAAAAGCUCCAAUGGGAUCACAUGAGUUGGUACUCCUUGAAACAGUGAAAGAAGAAUCGCUAUGUGACUCAGGGGGAAAUUUGACUAUAAAUGCUUUAGAUGAGGAAGAACUUGAAUUUGAUAAGGGAAUUUCUCUGGUUAAUGAAAGCUCUCAAGCUAAUUGGAUAGUGGAACUUCUCCCUGCAGCUUUCAUCUCUGAGCCUGCUAAUGACGAAUCUUUAAACAAUGAUACCAUAUCGGACUUUAUAUACGAGAUUGAUGAUCAGACCUAUAGUGAAGAAGACAAUGAAAAUUUUGAUCCUUCUCAUGAACUAACUCAAAUGCUAAGAGAAGAAAAACCAAAGCUGCAGUCAAACCAAGAGACAAAAACCAUUAAUUUGGGUACUGAAGAUGAUAGAAAGGAGAUAAAAAUCAAUGCCCAUCUAUCCAUAGAGGAGAGAAAAGAAUUGAUAGAGAUCUUAGAUGAAUUUCAAGAUGUUUUUGUUUGGUCCUAUAGAGACAUGCCGGGACUUGAUCUUGAUAUUGCUGUUCAUGCCAUUCCACUCUAUUCUGAGGCCAAGCUAGUCAAGCAAAAGCUAAGGAGGAUGAAGCCAGAGGUUCUAUUGAAGGAUGGCCGAGUUAGAGUCUGUGUGGAUUAUAAAGACUUGAACAAAGCAAAGCCCAAGGAUGAUUUUCCAUUGCCUCACAUCCAAAUUCUGUUGGAUAAUGCUGCCAAAAAUGCUCGGUUUUCUUUUGUUGAUGGCUAUUCUAGGUACAAUCAAAUAAAAAUGAAGGAGGAGGAUAAGCUCAAGACAACAUUCAUCACUCAAUGGGGUACCUUUUGCUACAAAGUUAUGCCUUUUGGACUCAAAAAUGCCCGGGCAACAUACCAACGCUCUGUGAUUACUUUAUUACAUGACUUUAUGCAUACCAUUGUUGAGCUAUAUGUUGAUGACAUGGUGAUUAUGUCCAAAGAAGAGGUGCUACAUACAGAAAAUAUCAAGAAGGUCUUUGAACACCUUAGAAAAUACCAACUGAGACUUAAUCCUGCGAAAUGUACUUUUGAUGUGGAUUUUGGAAAGCUACUUGGCUUCAUUGUGAGCCACCGAGGAAGAGAGAUAGAGGUUGAUCCAGCCAAAAUAAAAGCCAUUGAUGAAAUGCCACCACCAAAAACCCUAAAAGAAGUCCGAAGAUUCUUGGGAAGAAUUAAUUACAUUGCUUGUUUCAUUGCCAACCUCACGACCAUUUGUGAGCCUAUCUUCAAACUCCUCAGAAAAGACAACCCUCAUACCUGGAAUAACCAAUGCCAACAAGCCUCUGACAAAAUCAAAGAAUACCUCAAAAACCCACCAAUCCUUGUGCCUCCAAUUGAUAAAAGGCCUUUCAUCCUAUUUAUCAUUGUCCUUGUCCAACAUGAUGACUCAGGUAAGAAAGAAAGAGCCAUCUAUUAUGUGAGCAAGAAGUUCAAUGAUUGUGAAAGUAAAUACUCACCCUUAGAAAAAACUUGUUGUGCCUUAGCCUGGACAUCCAAGAAACUUCGCCACUACAUGUUAACCAACACCACAUACCUACUUUCAAGAAUGGAUCCCAUAAAAUUCAUUUUUGAAAAACCUACCCUUUUUGGAAGGAUCUCUCAAUGGUAUAUGUUGCUUUCUGAAUUUGAUAUUGUUUACACCACACAAAAGGCUAUCAAAGGGCAGGCAAUUGCCAAUCAUUUAGCCGAACAUGCAACAGAGGAUUAUGAGCCUAUUGAUUGGGAUUUUCCUAAUGAGGACAUUUUGGCAGUGGAGGCAAAAUCUGAUUCAAAUAAUUGGAAGCUCUUCUUUGAUGGAGCUAUUAACCAGCUUGAUUGUGGCCUUGGGGCCGUGUUCGUAUCCUUAAAGGGUGAUCAUUUUCCUAUUGCUACAAAGCUUGAUUUUGCUUGUACCAACAACAAAGCCGAAUAUGAAGCUUGUAUUGCAGGAAUACAUGUUGCUCUAGACAUGAAUGUCCGAGAUUUGGGGAUAUAUGAUGCUUUGGCAACUUUGGCCUCGAUGAUCCAAAUCUCCAGUGAUGAUGUAAUCAAGCCUUUAAUGAUUGAAAUUAGUCAAGAACCAACACAUUGCAUGGAAAUCAAGGUUGAUGACAAACCAUGGUUUCAUGAUAUUAAACAAUUCUUGCAAAAUGGGGAAUACCCUCUAUAUGCUUUUGGGGUGAAUAAGAAGACAAUCAACAAAUUGGUAGCUUCAUACUUCUUGAGCAAAAAUACAUUGUAUAAGCACUCUGCUAAUAUGACCUUGUUGAGAUGUGUUGAUGAAACAGAAGCAAAACAAGUCAUGACUGAGCCAUUCUCCAUGUGGGGCAUCGAUGUGAUUGGGACAAUUAAUCCUAAAGCUUCCAAUAGUCAUCAAUUGAUCUUGGUUGCUAUUGAUUAUUUUACCAAAUGGGUAGAAGCAACAUCUUAUGCUAGUGUUACAAAGAAGGUGGUCACUCGCUUCAUCAAGAGAGAGAUCAUCUACAGAUAUGGGCAACCAAAGGCCAUUAUUAUUAAUAAUGCAAGCAAUUUGAGCAAUGACAUGAUGACUGCACUAUGCAAGCAAUUCAAGAUCAAGCAUUUGAACUCUUUUCCAUACCGACCAAAGAUGAAUGGUGUGGUGGAAGUUGCCAACAAGAAUAUCAAGAAGAUUCUAGCCAAAAUGAUAGUUACUUAUAAAGAUUGGCAUGAAAUGUUGCCAUAUGCUCUCCAUGCUUACUCUGUUCGCACUUCAACUAGGGCAACCCCUUAUUCCUUGGUAUAUGGAAUGGAGGCAAUACUACCACUUGAGCUAGAAAUUCCUUCCAUGAGAAUCUUAUCCGAGUCGGGGAUUUAGGAAGAAGACUUGAUUCAGAAAAGGAUAGAUUACCUCAACUUGCUUGAUGAGAAAAGAUUGGCACUCUUUGUCAUGGGCCUGUUUGGUGUGGCUUCUAGGAGCUUCAGCUUCUGGACACUAUUCAUGUUUCAUGAAUUUAAAUUUUCCUCUUAAAAACUUACACUUUUAAAUAUUUUUUUAACCUCAAAAAGCUCUUAAACAGUAAAAGUUCAAAAGUUUCAAAUCUAAACUUUUCAUAAACUCCCUUUUUACUU